ACUACUUUUCUAUUUUACAAAAAAUCCAAAAAAAGUAGGGUCAAACAAGCCCCUAAAAAUAUCCUAAUCCAAACCCAUCACACAUUUUCCCGCUUAUUAACUCAAUAAAUCAAAUUAUCCACAACAUAAUCUCAUUUUCCCUUCAUAAUUCAGUUUUCCCGGAAAAUUUGUAAUUUUCUUAAUCGAUUUUCCCUAACAAAAAAAUUCAACCUUUCUCAAUGACUCUUCUAAUACACUCCCCGGAAAUUCACGUUACCCCUCAAUUCGCACAAAACCCUAACCCUAAUUCGCGAAAACUCCACAAUUUCAAACCAUAUGCAAAAUUGAACGCAAUUGGGUCAAAGAACAGGGUAAAAAUUUCAUGUGAUGUGAAGGAUUUUGCGGUUUUGGAAUUGGGUUUGGAUCGGAACGUGAAGCAGUAUGGUCAAUUUUCGGUUCCGGUGAAAAGUGGUUCGAAAUCGAGCAAAGAGGAAGAAGAAGAAAAACAGAAUUAUUACUUGAAUAUGGGUUAUGCUAUACGAACUUUGAGGGAGGAGUUUCCUGAUCUCUUUUAUAAAGAACUUAGCUUUGAUAUCUAUAGGGAUGAUAUUGUAUUGAAGGAUCCUCUGAAUACGUUUAUGGGUAUUGAGAAUUACAAAUCGAUCUUUUGGAACCUUCGAUUCCAUGGCAAGAUAUUUUUCAAAGCUUUGUGGAUAGACAUAAACAGUGUGUGGCAGCCUGUUGAGAAUGUCAUUAUGGUUCGCUGGACGGUUCACGGGAUCCCACGAGUUCCAUGGGAAAGCCGCGGUAGGUUUGAUGGAACUUCUGAGUAUAAACUUGACAAACAAGGCAAGAUUUAUGAGCAUCGGGUUGACAACAUUGCUUUUAACAAACCUCCUAGGUUUAAAGUGAUGGCAGUGGAAGAAUUGAUUCAAUCUCUUGGCUGUCCGCAGACCCCAGGACCAACUUACUUUGAAAUAUCUUCAUCUACUAAGAGAAAGUAAAAUCUACUCAUGCUCUUCAAAAAGUUUUGGACCAAAUUGUGCAUAUUAUGUAUACUUUGAGCUAGAUAUCUAGCAUCUUGUUGUAACAUAUAACCUUUGAGAAAAUGUCUUUUUUCUGUAACAUAUAACCUUCGACAAAAUGUCUUUUUCUGUAGCUUAAUGGUUUAUCUGUAUCUGAUGGGUUCCUGAUCUGCUGCUGUAACUAGUUGAAUUUGAAAAGCCGUGUAUAUAUUUAUAUUUUAAUUGUGUAAUUGUUCAGUCUUUAUCUUCAUAAAAGAAA